AUAACAGGCUACAAAUACACUCCAACCGGCGUUGAACUGAGAUCGGGAGGAGACGCCAUUCAAACUGGGAAUAUUGAACUCGACGGACAUUUUACCGCUUUUAACAGAUCCAACCAUGAGCAAGGACACAGAGAUCGGCUUGGAGGAGGUGAAGCUGAACACGGUGGAGCAUGAGAAGCACCCUAUGGCCGGAGACUGUCCCUCUGUUGGUGGAGAGAAGAACGGCAGCGUGAAGCUGAAGAUUCCUGAUGAGGAUGUAACGUUCACCGGCCUCUCCAAGGACGAGCUGAUGAAGGUGGCUGGCACCCCGGGGUGGGUGCGAACUCGCUGGGUGCUGCUGGUUCUGUUCUGGCUGGGCUGGGUCGGCAUGCUGGCCGGCUCCAUAGUGAUAAUCGUCCAGGCUCCUCGCUGCAAACCCAUCCCUGAGAUGCACUGGUGGAAUGAAGGGCCUCUGUACCAGAUCCCCAGCCCUUCUGCUUUCUCCAAUGGACUGAAAGAUCUUGAGGGGAAGUUGGACCAGCUGAACCACUUAAAGGUCAAAGGUCUGGUUCUUGGCCCACUUCACGUCGUCCAGAAGGACCAGCCAAGCACAUUGGACCUUAAAAAGAUCCGCAUAGACCAUGGAAAGGUAGAAGAGUUGGAGGCUGUGCUGCUGAAGGCUAAAAAGAAAGGUAUUUCUGUGGUCAUUGACCUGACUCCAAACUAUGAGGGAGCUAAGCCAUGGUUUUCUGGCAUGGACGAUGAGAUGGUGGAGAAAGUCAGGGAGGCAGCAGAGUACUGGAUAAAGCUGGGUGUCGAUGGCAUCAAGGUGUCAGACCUAAAGUUUGCCUCCGGAUUCGAAGAGUGGCAAACGCUGAGGACCGUCGUCCAGGGCAACCACACUAUGGACAAACGGAGGGCACUAAUGGCUGCAGUACAAGAACCUCAAGCAGACGAGGUGGCCCACCUGCUCAACACCACCGGUGUGGAUAUUAUUCUGCCCAACCUCCUCGAAUCUAAUGACAACGGCGUGGAGCGGAUCAAAGCUGUGGACGUCCUCUACUCUCAGCAGAGCCGGGUGGGCUGGGGUCUUGGAGCCAGUGAACUGAAGCCUCUGUCUGAAGCAGCGACGUCGUCAGACCUGCAGCGUCUCUACCAGCUGCUGCUCUUCACUUUACCUGGAACUCCGGUGUUCACCUACGGAGAUGAACUUGGCCUUAAACCAAACGGUUCUGAAUGGCCCAAGAUGGUUUGGGACAUGGAUGCUAACCAGACGGAAAGCUGGAUGUGGUUCAAAUCCCUCAGUGACCUCCGGGGCAAGGAGCGCUCGCUGCUUCACGGCGACUAUUAUCCGUUCAACGCCUCUGACACGUCCCUCGCCUUCGUUCGUGUGUGGGACCAGAGCGAAAGAUACAUAACCGCUGUCAACUGGGGAGAGAAACCAGUAGAACUAAAAAUGACACUUCCUGCUACAGAAGGUGUAACUUUGCCAGACACAGCCGACGUGAAGAUGUCGACGGAUCCCAAUCUGGCAGACGAUUCGCCUGUCAGCCUGGAGAAAUUCACUCUAGGACCUGAAAAAGCAGUGAUGCUGCAUUUCCCCUUUACAGGCUGAAGAUGGCGCCAAACCUUCAGCUAUGUUGUCUCCAGAUCAGAUUUAUUUUGUAGAAGCUGAAGUCAGCAAUGCUGAAUUUUAGGAGUUGGAUAAAACAUUAUAAAAAAAUGUUCAAAAAUCAAGAAUUGUAUUUUGGUACCAUAACAAAUAAUUAGUUUGGUCAGAAUGUGUUUGGAGGAAAGCAAUGGGCAGUUUCAGCUUUUUAAAAAUGUCUUUUGUUCACAAACAAAAUGCUUUUUAAUGUUGACACAAUGUUCAGAUGUCAGACAUUCCACUGUAUUUUAAUUGUUUUUAACAUUCCUUUCAUUGAAUUUUUGUUUCUAAACCAGUGUUUUAGUGAAUGCUCCAGCUCUUUAUUUUUCACUCCUGGAAAACAUUUCUGAAUUUGGACACAUGUAACUGAAGUUUGUGGAAACAAAUUAAAGAAAUGAGUAAACUGGUC